AGUCGGGUUCCUCAUUCCGCUCGGCUUUUCCUCUUCAGGGUUGCUAGCUCGGCAGCAAUGCACAUGCACGUACGUCACUCGAAUGCCAGGCUAUUUUUGUUAUCACAAUUCCUCCGGCUGCUACAACCGAGCCUUCGCAUCGAGCCCAGACCUCCAUGUGCUUCACGUGUCCGGCCAAAGUUCCGAGGACGAAGUUGAGGAAGGGAUUGCCCGCACUUGUCACACCACUAUUCGUGACGCCAAUGAUGCCAAUGCUGGUGAGUUCCUUAUCAGCGUCCCCAGAGUAGGUACUUGCCAAGCUGGGUCGACCUCAUCACAAUGCAGCUCUACUUGGAAGGAGCUGCACCAGGUUAUUUUGGGCCUCGUCCCCACGCUCACCGCUGCAACCUGCACUUGUUUGGCGAGCAGCGUUCUGACUGCCGCUAGAUUCGCCCCGCUCUGGAGUACUUCAACUUACCAGCUGUUUCCACAUAGAGACCCGGCCUCUCGAGUGCACCCCGAAGCUAGGCGGCAGCCCCAGGGCUCAUGCGCAUUGGGAUAUGAACUCGGUAGAGCUCUCCUCAGCCUGCUGGGCUCAACGAAUGCCAACAACAUUUGUGGCCCUUGCUAAUUCUAAGAUGGCGCUCACCUGGCGGCGUGUGGCAUCAGUUAGAGCUUCUCCUGCAAGGCCAGUAGCAUGGGCAACAGCAAGUGGUGUCAUUAUGUGAAGACUAAUCUACAGGGAUGGCAAAGGCCAACCACUGGCUUAACUGGGCCCCAUACUGCUGAGAUAGAUCCUUCACUCGAUAUAUCAGUUUUGAGCCCCUAACCUCAAUAGCCUCGAUAUCCCGCAAUUCGCAACGAGGAGAUACAAUACGUGUGAUAGGAUGAGGACCUAUCUCGACAUUCAAUUCAGCCCUGCCAUUGGGUAUGUCUGCCAAACGACCGUGAUCUGAUCUGCAGACGCAGGCAUAUCACGUCCAUCUUGGUGGAGGCUACAUAAUCCUCCACUCCAGCCUUAGCUCUCAAGACUCGCCAUGCAGCCAAC